AUGGCAAUGAAGCUGAAAGAAUGUGUUAAAGUCAUGAUUCUAUUAUCUGUUAUUAUAGGCCAAAUCUGUGCUCAAGAAGAGCCUAAUCCAAACAAUGGAACAGCCACAGCUGAUAAAGGUAACAACAGCACAGGCACAGGCAGUUCUGAUAAAAAUGUUGGAUGGGAGUACGGUUGUGGGUGUGAUCGAGCCCCUGAUGGAAGUUGGACUUACAGAUGGGGCACGGGCAAAGGCCCUGAUGGUAGCACUUAUGGGUACGGAUCAGGCUCAAGUCAGAGCCCGGAUGGUGGGGGAUUCGGGUAUGGUUGGGGCAGUUCUGGCUCAUCAUCUGAUGCUGGAAACAGUGAUUCUGGAGUUGGAUCUGGUUUUGGAUUCGGUAUUGGGGGUGUUGAUGGUAAUACUGAUGGCAGAAUUGUUAAUGAUCCGACCCAUGUUCAGGCCCAUUAUCCCACAGUUGGUCACACUGAAGAUUUUCUUAUGAACAACAAUCAGAUUCAGAACUAG